UUCUUCAGACAUUAAAUCAACAUGUGGAAAGGUGGCUCAGGGGCGUUCUAGGCUUAAGUCUGAAAAUAUUUUUUGUAUUUUUUCAAACGUCCAAACCAAAGCCCUAGCCCUGGGCCGCCCCUCGCGGCCUGCCGCCCCGGGCUAUAGCCCUUCUGGCCCUAGGGUAAAUACACCCCUUCCUAAACUAUACUAAAUCAAAUCUAAUCAGCUUGACCAUGAACAAAACAGACCGUCCCAUUUACUACGUAUUAGUUUGAAAACUUUUACUAUAAUAUAUUUUAUUUCAGAUGAUUUAAUAACAGAAGAGCUAGAUUUUCGGGAAAAAACUCUUUUAAAUAGAUUUCCACAAGGCUCCCUACAAGUGCUACCGAACAGGUUGAAAAUGCGCAAGUUGUGUUCUGAAUACUUUUACCAACUGGAAAAACUAAGAGGUAAAAGGAUAACAGCGAAAAUGCUAGAGCGCAGAUUCACAAACGUCGAUAUCAGCCAUCCCGUUAUUUCGUCGCCAGAUCUUGUUACACGACCAUUCAAGCCGACCGAAAAAACUGGGCAUAUAACAAAUAUAACGGCCCUUCUAACGUACUCCAACGUCACUGCAUUCAAAACUAAAUACAAGAAUGGUUUUCCGUGUUUCUAUUGCAACACUCGUUUCGAUAACCUAGAAAUAUUGAGAUGUCACCAAAAGAACCAUUGCAAAGAAAACAUUAUGGCAUUAGUCAAAAAGAAAUAUAGGCCAGGACGUCCAGAUUGUUUAGUAGUGUACGUUGAAGUGACAGACUUGAAAUGUACAUUAUGUGAGCGGAGUAUAAAAAACCUGAACGCUUUGAAGAUUCAUUUGACAAGUGAACAUAAGAAAACUAUGUAUUUACAAUACACAGACAGAGUGAUCCCAUUCAAGAUACUAGGAGCUGGUUAUAUGUGUCAAAUAUGCAAUUUCUACUUUGAAACGUUCGGUACAAUUGAGAAACAUAUGAACACACAUUACAGGAACUUCGUUUGCGAACAGUGUGGUGCCGGAUUCAUAGCUAAGAAUAGAUUAAAAAUUCACGUUUACAAUAUUCAUAGGGGUGUCGGUGUAUUCCCCUGUGAGAAGUGCAAUAAAACUUUUCAUACACGCAACAAACUUAAAGUGCAUUUCGAUUUGGUGCACAAAAUGGUGAAAAAGAUACAGUGUCCUAAAUGUCCUGCGAGGUUUGCUUACUAUUUUGUUUGCCAAAAACAUUUGGUGGAUGUACACGGGAUGAUUCCUGUAAAAUAUAAGUGUAACGUCUGUGAUAAAGCCUUCACUAGAAGAUUCCACUUAUCCAAUCAUAUAAAGAAAGAUCAUUUAGAUGAAAAAAAUACAUACUGUCAAUUGUGCACGUAUAAUUGUUUUAGUAAUAAUGAAUUGAAAAUUCAUAUGGCAAAACAACAUGGAGAAAAAUUAUUCGAGUGUUCAGUCUGUGAAAAGUGUUAUUCUAGUCAGAAAUCUUUGAAACAACAUAUGAAUAUACAUAGAGAUACAAACAAACAAGAAUUUGAAUGAAGUAGGAACUCUACAUUGUUAGAAUACUUAUUAUUAUUAGCUUUUGACAGUUCUUAUAUCAUUCAAUUUCUCAUCUAUUGGUUAAAAACAUUUGCUUCAGUUAUAACGUUUUCACAAGUGAUUACUUAUCUCGACUGAAGAUAUGAGUAUCAGAGUAUGAGUCGACCACUUUCAAAGACUGCAAUCUUAGUUUUUGUCAAAAAUUAGUGGCAUGGGCAUACAGAAAAUAAUGAAUCGACCAAUCAGAAGCGAG